UCAAUCAUCCCGUUAAAGAAAGUUCCCGCCGUGUCUUACGGUUUCCAAUGUUCCACGAAGAAAACGCCGUGCUCGACUGCUUUCCCAAGUCUUUGAAAUUGACCACCGCCCCAAUCCCAACGAAAUAAAGGAAACGGAACGGACUCUUCUCAAAGAUCAAAAGAGGGAACGGCAGAGCUUUUUCGGUUUUUUUAUUUCAUUUUGUUAACGAUCCUUGGGGCUGAUAUACAUACUACCUAUAUAUAUUUAUAAUGAAAGGCAAAAGCGGGAAAGGAUAUUGGAAUUGGUGCUUUGCGAAGACGAAGAAGCUAGGGUUACCGGCUGUCUUUCUCCUCUGCUCAUUCUUCUUCCUCUCCGGCUUCUUCGCUUCCACCCUCCUUUCUCUUCAGGAUACUUCUUCAGCUACGACGAGAUCGACGCUGCAAGAAUCGGUCAAGGAGGGAAUCGAAUACAAUUCGUUGACUCCUGGAGAGACCGGAGACAAUUCUGUUACUUCAAUUCCCUUUCAGAUCUUGAGCUGGAAACCGCGGGCACUAUAUUUUCCUAGUUUUGCUACACCAGAGCAAUGCCAGGGAGUCAUAGACAUGGCAGAGCCAAUUCUUAGACCGUCCACUGUUCUUUUACGACCAGGGGAAACAGAGGAAGACUCAAAGGGAAUUAGAACAAGUUCUGGCGUGUUUAUUAGUGCUGCCCAAGACAAAAAUGGUAUUUUGGAUAUCAUUGAGGAAAAAAUUGCGAAGGUGACAAUGCUUCCUAGGGUCCAUGGAGAGGCAUUCAACAUCUUGCGCUAUGAGAUUGGGCAAUUGUAUAAUUCACACUACGACGUGUUCAAUCCUGCCGAGUAUGGCCCGCAAAAGAGCCAAAGGAUUGCUUCCUUCCUCUUGUAUUUAUCAAAUGUUGAAGAAGGAGGGGAAACCAUGUUUCCAUUUGAGAAUGGCUUUAACAUGGAUGAAAGCUACGAUUUCAAAGACUGUAUAGGUUUGAAAGUGAAACCACGCAAAGGGGAUGGGCUUCUUUUCUAUUCAAUGACCCCGAAUCUUACAAUCGAUGCGACGUCACUUCAUGGCAGCUGCCCUGUAAUUAAAGGUGUAAAAUGGGUGGCCACAAAGUGGAUCAGGGAUCAAGAACAAGAUGAUUAAAUCUUUGUACCUGCAAUCGGCGUGUAACUCAAAAUUUUGUUUUGAUCGAUAAUCGCUAUCCAUGUUGUAAUAAUAUAUAAGAAAUGAUAAAA